AUGGCGGAGCGGCGUGGAGGAAGAAGCGGAUGCUUUCCGCCGAUGGAUCUCUUCAGAUCAGAGCCUAUGCAACUUGUUCAGCUCAUCAUUCCAAUCGAGUCCGCUGGCCUCUCCGUUGCUUACCUUGGCGACCUUGGCCUCAUCCAGUUCAAAGAUCUGAAUGCAGAUAAGAGCCCUUUCCAGCGAACCUAUGCUGCUCAGAUUAAGAGAAGUGGGGAGAUGGCACGCAAAUUACGUUUUUUCAAGGAUCAAAUGUCAAAAGCAGGGGUGUCAGCUUCUGCUAAGUCUGACACACAGGAUGCUAUAAAAUUUGAUGAUCUAGAGGUCAAGCUUGGAGACCUUGAAGCUGAGCUGAUUGAAAUAAAUGCAAAUAAUGAUAAGCUACAGCGUUCAUUCAAUGAGCUUGUGGAAUAUAAGCUUGUUCUGCAGAAGAUUGGCGAAUUUUUUCACUCAGCACGAAGUAGUGCUGAAGCUCAGCAACAAGAGUAUGGAUCAAGUCAAAGUGGUGAAGAAUCCUUGGAAGCUCCACUCUUGUCAGAACUGGAUGCAUCUAAGCAAGUUAGAUUGGGGUUUAUUACUGGACUUGUUCCUAAAGAGAAAUCCAUGGCCUUUGAGAGGAUUCUCUUUCGAGCUACCCGGGGUAAUGUGCUUCUUAGACAAAGUGAGGUUGAUGAGCCUGUCAUUGAUCCAAUUUCAGGAGAAAAGGUUGAGAAAAAUGUAUUUUUAGUCUUCUUUUCUGGUGAAAGAGCAAAGAACAAAAUUCUUAAGAUAUGCGAUGCUUUUGGAGCAAAUCGGUAUCCAUUUGCAGAGGAACUUGGUAAGCAGGCCCAGUUGAUCACAGAGGUCUCUGGAAAAAUCUCUGAAUUAAAGACUGCAAUAGAUGCUGGAUUUCUGCACCGCGGGAAUCUAUUACAAAGUAUUGCUGAAGAGUUUGACCGAUGGAACGUUUUGGUCCGAAGGGAGAAAUCCAUUUAUCAUACACUUAAUAUGCUUAGCAUUGAUGUGACAAAGAAAUGCCUAGUCGCAGAAGGCUGGAGUCCUACUUCUGCAACCAAAGAGAUUCAGGAUGCUUUGCAGAGGGCAGGACAUGACUCCAAUUCAGAAAUAGGUGCAAUAUUCCGGGUAUUGGGUACUCGAGAGUCACCGCCCACAUAUUUUAAGACAAAUAAAUUUACUUCUGCUUUUCAAGAAAUUGUUGAUGCAUAUGGGGUGGCCAAGUAUCAGGAAGCAAACCCAGGUGUAUUCACUAUCGUCACAUUUCCAUUUCUUUUUGCCGUGAUGUUUGGGGACUGGGGUCAUGGUAUAUGCUUGCUACUUGCAACAUUAUACUUCUUAAUCCGUGAGAAAAAACUCUCUAGUCAGAAACUAGGAGACAUCACCGAAAUGACAUUUGGCGGGCGUUAUGUGAUAUUGAUGAUGGCACUCUUCUCAAUCUACACAGGAUUUAUCUAUAAUGAAUUUUUCUCUGUUCAAUUUGAACUAUUUGGCCGUUCAGCAUAUGUCUGCCGUGAUCCUUCUUGCAGCGAAGCUACCACCAUAGGCUUGAUCAAGGCACGUGAUACUUAUGCAUUUGGUGUGGAUCCUGCUUGGCAUGGUACUCGCAGUGAAUUGCCAUUUUUGAACUCCUUAAAGAUGAAACUGUCAAUCCUUCUUGGGGUGGCCCAAAUGAAUCUUGGGAUAAUAUUGAGCUACUUUAAUGCCCAAUACUUCAGAAGUGGUGUAAAUAUAUGGUGUCAGUUUAUUCCCCAGAUUAUAUUCUUGAAUGCCUUGUUUGGUUACCUUUCUGUCCUCAUCAUUGUGAAGUGGUGCACUGGUUCACAAGCUGAUUUAUACCAUGUGAUGAUAUACAUGUUCCUUGGUCCUACUGAUGAUCUGGGUGAAAAUCAACUUUUUCCUGGGCAAAAGACAACUCAGCUUGUGCUAGUACUUUUGGCCCUGGUUUCUGUCCCAUGGAUGCUGCUACCUAAACCUUUCAUCUUGAAAUCACAACACAAUAGACACCAAGGGCAGUCAUAUGCACCGAUUCAAGAUCUAGACGAGUCUUUACUGGUUGAUGGAAGUCAUGAUUCUAGUGAUCAUGAGGAAUUUGAGUUCAGCGAAGUUUUUGUGCAUCAACUGAUACAUACCAUAGAGUUUGUGCUUGGAGCAGUCUCUAAUACAGCUUCUUAUCUUCGUCUGUGGGCCCUUAGCCUUGCACACUCUGAGCUGUCCACUGUCUUCUACGAGAAGGUUCUCCUCCUUGCUUGGGGGUACGACAAUAUUAUUAUCCUUGUCGUUGGCUUCAUCAUUUUCAUUUUUGCUACCAUCGGUGUGCUGUUGGUGAUGGAAACACUCAGUGCAUUCCUUCAUGCCUUGAGGCUUCACUGGGUGGAGUUUCAGAACAAGUUCUAUGAGGGUGAUGGAUACAAGUUUAAUCCUUUCUCUUUCGUUUUGGUUGACGAGGAAGAGGAUUGAUGUGGUGCAAUUAAGUUAAUGUUACUGGGAUUCCAAUGUUCAAGUUCUUUGGUUCUUUUGCUUCAAUUACCAUCUGCAGUUAAGGUGGCGGGAUUCCUUUUUCUUCUUUCGAGAUGGACGACGUUUUCAUGAAUGCCCUUCAUUCAACAUUGUGCAAUAAAACAUUUUGUGGCUGUUACUGGUAAAUGGCCUGUGUAAUUUGAUAUAAUAAAUUAUGACUUUAUUUAAAGUCUAAGGUCCAUUAAACCAAAGAAUACAAUUAGAUAUUAUGAUUAUUGAUUGAAAAUAAUUUAUAAUUGGCGUAGUUAUUCAUUUUACUUUUGACAAUUAUUGGUUUAAACACUUCCAUAGCUA